AUGGCUCGCGCUGCCCUGCUCCUCGCCGCUCUGUCCACGCUGGUCGCCGCCGCUGCUGCAGGCGGAGAUGCCCCGCCCGGCAAAAUCGCCGUGGUCGGGGCUGGCAUCGGGGGCUCCGCUGUGGCCCAUUUCCUCCAGCAGCACUUCGGGCCCCGCGUACAGAUCGACGUGUUCGAGAAGGGGACCGUGGGCGGCCGCCUGGCCACCAUCUCUGUCAACAAGCAGCACUACGAGAGCGGGGCCGCAUCCUUCCACUCGCUGAGCCUGCACAUGCAGGACUUCGUCAGGCUGCUGGGGCUGCGGCACCGGCGCGAGGUGGUGGGCCGGAGCGCCAUCUUCGGCGGGGCACACUUGGUGCUGGAGGAGACCGACUGGUACCUGCUGAACCUCUUCCGGCUGUGGUGGCACUACGGCAUCGGCUUCCUGCGGCUGCAGAUGUGGGUGGAGGAGGUCAUGGAGAAGUUCAUGAGGAUCUACAAGUACCAGGCCCACGGCUACGCCUUCUCUGGGGUGGAGGAGCUGCUCUACUCUCUGGGGGAGGCUACCUUCAUCAACAUGACCCAGCGCUCCGUGGCCGAGUCCCUGCUCCAGGUGGGCGUCACACAGCGCUUCAUCGACGACGUCGUCUCUGCCGUCCUGCGGGCCAGCUACGGCCAGUCAGCAGCUAUGCCUGCUUUUGCCGGGGCCAUGUCACUUGCCGGGGCCCAGGGCAGCCUGUGGUCUGUGGAGGGAGGCAACAAGCUGGUCUGUUCUGGUUUGCUGAGGCUUACCAAGGCUAACGUGAUCCACGCCACGGUGACCUCUGUGACCCUGCACAGUAAGGAGGGGAAGGCCCUGUACGAGGUAGGCUACGAGACCGAGCAGCGCCACAGCUCCGACUUCUACGACAUCGUGGUCAUUGCCAGCCCCCUGCACCUGGACAACAGCAGCAGCAACCUCACCUUCCAAGGCUUCACGCCGCCCAUCGAUGACCUGCAGGCUGCCUACCAGCCCACCGUUGUCUCCUUGGUCCACGGUUACCUCAACUCUUCCUACUUCGGCUUCCCCGACCCUAAACUGUUCCCCUUUGCCAGCAUCCUUACCACGGAUUUCCCCAGCUUCUUCAGUACCCUGGACAACAUAUGCCCUGUCAACAUCUCGGCCAACUUCCGGCGGAAGCAGCCUCAGGAGGCAGCCGUCUGGAGAGUCCAGUCCCCCAAGCCCCUCCUUCGGACCCAACUCAAGACCCUCUUCCGUUCCUAUUACUCGGUACAGACGGCUGAGUGGCAGGCCCACCCCCUCUACGGCUCCCGCCGCACCCUCCCCAGCUUCGCACUCCACGACCAGCUCUUCCACCUCAGCGCCCUGGAGUGGGCGGCCAGCUCCGUGGAGGUGAUGGCUGUGGCCGCCAAGAACGUGGCCCUGCUGGCCUACAACCGGUGGUACCAGGACCUGGACAAGAUCGACCAAAAGGACUUGAUGCACAAGGUAAAAACCGAACUGUGAGGGUUCCACGCAGCCUGGGGAUGCUCCCGGCCCCGCCGCAGCCCCCCACUCCGCACCGCCUGCCCCCAGAAUCUUUCUGAGCCGCUCCCCUGCACGGCGGGGCCACGUGGCCUGCUGUCUGCCUGGAUCCUCACGGCAGUGGCUUCUUACAGCGGGGCUGGAAGAAAAUCCCUCCUGACCAGUGUGUUCAGUUUAUUUAUUUUUUCUUAAGAAAAGAAAUAAAAAUCCAUUUCCUCAAA